AUGUUCACCUCCUCUGGUGUACAGCCGCCGCUACAGUCGCAACCACCGCAGCAGCCAGGCAAACACCCUUCCUCCACAUCCACCAUGAGUCGUCUUCCCGUUUCUAGCCUCAUGUCACCCCCCGAGACGAAGCCGCUGGAGAGCUUUCACCCCUCCUCCCCCUUUGCAAAGCCCGACCCGUCGUCCCUCGGGGGGAUGGUGAAACUACCCCCCAUCUCAGCUGAUCGCAAGCGAACACAGUCCGAGAUGGAUUUGCCCUCGCCACCGGUGACCCCCUACACCGGCAUCAAGAAGCGACGAUCUCACACGGCAGACCAGAUUGAACACGAUGUCGAGGCCCAUGCCUCCCGGGACCCUGUGCUCUUCCCUCGCCAUGACUCCGUGGCCCGGGAGGAGCCCCUGUUUGGUCCCAUCCCCCCUCCCGCCGCAGAGGCUCUCGUGGAGCAGCAUAUCAACUCGCACAUGGCCCGGUUUGAGAACAAGCGGAACAAACCUACCCGUGAUGAAUAUCUUCUGGCGCUGUCGUGUGUGCCCGUUGUCUCGACCCAGUACAAUCGCAACCCGGCCGCUUGGGCCCGGGAGGAACGGGAAACGCUCGAGCGCCAGCUGGUCUUGAUGAAUCGCUACCGACCGUCGGGAGAGCUGGAGGCCAAGCUGAAGAAGAUCGCCCCAGCCCCCAUCAAGAAAGUAGGAGGAGGGACCCUGCGCGUUCCCCGGACCCGCGUCAAGCGUACCCCCAAAUCUACCCCCAAGCAGCAGACCCUGGAUACAUUCGACUCUUCCCCUCCCUCUGCUUCUAAACCCCGUGCCUUGGGCACCAAUCGGGAUGAUACCGAAUUCCAUAGCCUGCCCGACUACUCACCUCCACUCGAGACGGUGGGCAGUAACACGAAGGCCCUCAAGGCAGACUGGAAGGGGCAGAUGCUGGAUUUGAGCAAUGACCCGGACCGACGCCUGCUCAGUCCCGCCGAGCUCAAUCUGGCCUCGACUCUCCGGCUGUCCUGUGCGACCUACCUGUGCAGCAAGCGCCGAAUCUUUGAAGCUCGGGUACGCGCCCUCGGCGUGGGCAAAGAGUUCCGCAAGACCGAUGCUCAACAGGCCUGCAAGAUUGACGUCAACAAAGCUAGCAAGCUCUGGACCGCCUACGACCGAGUGGGAUGGUUCAAGCCGGAGUAUUUCCAUCAAUAUCUGAGAUAA